AUGCUAACAUUCACAAGACUUCAUCAUUGUUCCCGUUUAUUAUUAUUGAACAAUCAAAUUUCUCGUUUAUUCAGCGUAUCGUCAUUAGUUUUUCAAAAUAAAUCAGCAUCGGAUUUCGAGCGUUAUUAUACACAAAAACAUGAAUGGUUACAAAGAACUGAUAAAAAAUUAAAUGAAGUUCGUAUUGGUAUAAGUGAUUAUGCUCAACAAGCACUCGGCGAAGUUGUCUAUUGUGAACUGCCAACAGUUGGUACAAAAUAUAAGAAGAGUGAUUCAUUUGCCACGUUGGAAAGUGUAAAAGCUGUAUCCGAUUGUUAUAUGCCAGUUGAUGGCGAAAUAAUUGAAACAAAUGAAAAAUUAAAAGAAGAAGCGGGUUUAAUUAAUAAAUCGCCAUAUGAACACGGUUGGUUAGUACGAGCAAAAGUAGAAGAAAAAAUCAUACAAGACAUUGAAAAAAGUUUAAUGAAUGAGAAGAAAUAUCAACAAUUUAUCAAAGGAGAUUUGGAUGAUACAAAAGCAACAUGA